AUGGCCAACUUCCUAUCCCGAGCGUUGACUGCGGUCUUCGUAUUUAGUUAUGGCUUCUUUACCAUCGUUCUCUAUGGCCUGAUUGCCCUGAAGAAGGGUACCUAUUUCAAGCGUCCUACCGAGAAGGAGAAAUUGGAGCUGGAGCUCGCUCGUGAUCGCCUCUGGAACUUAUCUGAGGACUUUGAGGGUCUUUCUCACCAUAUUCUGACCUUGCAGAGCGGAUUCAAGUUCCACUUUGUUGCCAAUGACAAGCCUAAUACACCUGAAACUAUCAACUCUGAUAAACCCCUGGUCAUUUUCAUCCAUGGAUUCCCUGAUAGCUGGGCUAUCUGGCGACACAUCCUCAAAUCUUCUUCUCUGCGCCAGGCUGCCUCUCUGGUUGCCAUUGAUCUUCCGGGAUAUGGAGGCACAGAAAGUCUGGACAAAUACAAUGCUACGAACGUGCUGGAGAAGUUGACCGAGUUGAUUAUCACCCUCCGCACCCAAUACGGCGUAGACUCGAGCGCAGAAAGCAACAAGAAGAGAGCUAUCAUCGUUGCCCAUGACUGGGGCUGCGUCUUGUCAAUGCGCCUUGCUGCCGAAGCUCCAGCUCUAGCCCACCGCUUCAUCUUGUCCAAUGGACCAACCAUGAAACUUAUCCAAGAUAAUAUCGGCCGCAGACUUUCCACAACCAAGAAGAUGCUUGGCAAUGCCUGGCGGUCACCACGCGAUGCGCGCGUCCCACUUAUGCAGGCGCUCCGCAACCUUGCCCCCAUCGGUCGGCAGCUCUUCUUGUCAGGCUACAUUUUCGCCAUGCAGCUGCCUGUACCAUUUGCGCUACAUUUCCUCACCGGCGGAAACUACUCCCUUUUAAGGGGCGUCCACGUCCGCGCCUCCGGUGGUAAGAUAACACCCUAUGACGCGGCAGAGGGUAUGGCAAGCAGUAUGGGCCCGUCGGUCGCCGAGUUCAAAUCCAAGACCAAUAGCGGGGACUCAUACCCCGCCACCUUGGAGAACGAGCGCGCAUUCGCGCACGUAAUGCACAUGGCAGGUUAUUACCGUGAUGGCGCAGCGAUCGCACGCUGGACGAAAUCCAUCGAGACAAUCACCAGCUUGCAUAGCAUCUCGGGCGGGAAUGUGUUGCGCCGCUCAAGUAGCGGUGCUGGAUUAUUCGACAACGGUCCGGGUCUCAAGGCUAGCUCCACCAUCGUCUGGGGCGAGCAGGAUAUCGCGCUUGAUCAGAGGAUUUGUCUGGCUGGCAUGGCCGAUUUCUUGGUGGAUAAUAGUCAUAUCAUUUUGCUUCCUCGGACAGGGCAUUGGACGCCGGUUGAGCCUGAGAGCCGUGCGGCUUUGAUUAAAGCUGUUGAGUGGGCUGCGCAAGGUGAACAGGGUGAUGUCGGAGCUGCUCUUGAGAAAUCUUACCCUGGGGUGAAGGUGACUGCUCGCCGGUGA